GUAGUGUGUCGUCUGUCUGUUACGGUUAGUCGCCGUCAGUGACUUCCCCGCCGCGUGGAUGUAUGUAGUAUCGUGGUAACAGCAGAGCUUAAUAGCGUAGACUAUGGAUAGGGUUCCACUGAGCCGAGAGACUGUGGAGGCGAUAAAGACGAAGCGGCAGCUGGAGAGGGCGUGGGAGGAGUACGGAGACGCGGAGGACAAGCGAGCGUUGAGCAGGCAGAAGAGGCUGGUGAGUCGCUCGGUGGCAGAGGACCGCGGGGCGCGCAUACAGGCGGUCGAGGGGCAGCGGCGCGAAGCGGCCGCCAGGAGGGCCAAAGCCGGCGGGGUCCGCAAGGUGGUGGCGCGCUCCGGCGGCGACACGCUGUGCGGCGCCGUCCAGAUGAUGAAGUCUCUCGCCGUCGCCAGCAAGAGGCAGCUCGGCGGAGGUGGGGGCGUCCGGGCCACACAGUGGUGACAGGCUCUGUCUGGUCUUCGGCAGAACAAGCUCAAUUUUUUCAUUUUUUUUAGGUAGUGGGGUGGGGAGUAGAAUUCAUGUUACAGUGUAAUAGGCUGUUUAGUCCAGUUGAUCAGUGCUGCAAUAAAAUAUCUUCAUUAGCUCGGUGAAUACUGUAUUUAGACGUCACUGGUGUCAACAUACCGUUCCAUUUGCAUUUAACUUGUAUCAGUUUCAGAAUAAACUAAAGGGCUUUGCACAUAGUCAGGCGCGUACUAUAAUUUUCGUACUAGGCGCUGAUGCUCUGACCGGACAGUAAGUUAGUUUUCUCGCGGCUUGCACCGUACGACCAGUGAAUGUACUUUUAUUUCUUCUCGUGUAUCACUAGUAUCUGUUCAGUUUGUUCUGUUCGCAGUGUAGAAAACCAAGAAAGUCAAUUCGA